AUGCCCUUCCUACGACGCCGUGGCAACAUCAGCGAGUCCGACAUGCGGCGCUUCUCGCUGCUUGACAGUCUUGCCGUGCCCAAACAGCCCCUCUCCCGCUCUGGCUCCGCGUCCGAUCUUCCCGCCCUGGCUGCCGUCCAGGAAGAUGUUCCCGCCCUCGUCGUCCCCACCUCUCCCUCGACGCCCCGCGGAGAUAGCAUAUCUUCGUCGUCGGACCGUGCAGCUUCCUCGACUGACGAUGCCGCCAACCGACCCGCAUUCCCCAUGUCGCAGGAGGACAGCAACAGACACCGCCGGUUUUCCAUGCUGAGGUUCCGUAAUGCGUCCGACUCUCAGCUGGCCACCAAGGCGAAGAUGCACGCGGCCACAGAAAAGCCCCCGCCACUCCCCCGUCGUAUGUGGCAUUCAGUUGCGUCGCGCGCCCGCGAUGCUAGGCCGAGUUUACAUCAGCAAGUGCUUACACACGGACGCACAGCUCCAGAGAUUAUCACCACUGCCCCCACAUUUGAUCUCACGGCACCGCGGAAGAAGGAAAGCCGGCUGAAACUCCCGGGAAUCCGCAUCCGACGAUCAGGCGAGCUCCCUAGGAUUGACCAAGAGGACGAGAUGGGCAGUGGUGCGACGGGCCUGGCCAAGGGACAAAAGUCCCUGGCCCCCGAUGAUAGUUCGGGGAGCAAGCACAGCGUGACGUUUGACGAACCGAGGCGGCCAGCGUCGUCGCACCACCCUCCGGCCUACGGCGACGAACACACCUCAACACUUGCGUUACCCAUCAAUAGGCUGUCCGAGUCGUCAAGAUCCGAUGCGAGCUCGGGAGACAGGGUCUAUGGAAGUACCACCACGACUACCCACACGGUCCAUACCACAACCACGUUCUUCAGACUCGGGCGCAGGAAGCAGAAGCGUCCUGAGCCGCUGUUUCCCAUUGCCCAUCUUCAACCGAAGAGUAAAUCGUCACUUACUCAAGACUCGGAUGUCUCUAGGCCGCCUAUAUCUGCUUCCACUCCGGCUGCUAUUCCCGAAUCGGUAGGACAAUCACCAUCCAAGUCUCCACACCCAUCUCAGGUUACCCCGACGCCGUCAAGACCAUCGUCGAGGGCCGGCGUCUCCGCCACUCCUACAGGCCCAGCUCUUGCUCUGCUUACCAGGUCCGGCGCAUCUCCAGCAACUGCGCUGUUUCGACCGGGCUCAAGGCAUUCCGGACACUCGUCACCAACCCGAACAUAUAUGCACAAGAGGGGUAGAUCCUCGACCUUGAGCUCCUUGGGGAGGAACUCUCCCAGGGAGUCCAUUGACGAGCACUUAGCUCCGCCGACCACCAGGACGUCGAUAUCGACAGGCCGGAAGAGUUUCGGCGACCUUUUGGGUCUGAGUCGCCUUCGGCAAAACUCGGAUUCAACACCGGGUCGGCAAGGAACGCUGACGCCUGCAACGCCAGGCUCAAACACAUCCAAGAACAACUCUCUUCAGUUGCCGAGGAAUUCGAUCAUUCUACCUGAGCGCCGGGAAGAUGACACGCCUGCCAAGUAUCUCGAACGUCUGCUAGAGGUUGUCAGCAGGAGUGUGAUAGCGGCCGCUGUCUCUAAGAGUGCGGAUACCUUUUCGCAAUCCGUACUACGAAGUUACAUGCGGAGCUUCAGAUUCUUCGAAGACCCGAUGGAUAUGGCCAUCAGAAAGCUACUCAUGGAGGCCGAGUUGCCCAAGGAGACUCAGCAAAUUGACCGAACUUUGCAGGCGUUUGCCAAUCGAUAUCACGAAUGCAACCCGGGGAUCUAUUCUCAUCCAGACCAGGCCUACUUCAUCGCUUUCUCUCUUUUGAUUCUCCACACGGAUGUUUUCAACAAGAACAACAAGCACAAGAUGCAGAAGGCGGACUACUUGAAGAACACGCGCGGCGAAGGCCUCUUUGAUGAAAUUCUCGAGGUCUUUUAUGACAACAUUGCCUACACGCCGUUCAUUCAUGUUGAGGAUGACUUGGACAUCAACGGCGAGCGGAUCGUCGCCCACAAGGCCAAGAAGAAGUCGCUGUUUCCCACUGCUACCCCCGACCCGGCGAAAAGAGUUGCGAAGGAGCCUAUCGACCCGUACACGUUGAUCAUUGACAACAGGUUGGACAUCUUACGGCCCAACCUGAAAGAAGUGAUGCAUCUGGACGAUCCAUACAGCUAUCUUGGGACGGCCAAGUCGCUCAACAUGAAGGAACUUCAAAAGACAUUUUUCAAGACUGGCGUCUUGCAGAUUGUCUCGGCGAGAUCUCGCCCGGAUGCCUUCAUGACGGAGAAGACAUCCACCAACCCAGACGCCGCACAUCCGGGGAUUGUCGACAUAAAAAUUACCAAGGUCGGAUUGAUAUGGCGAAAAGACCCUAAGAAGAAGAAGACCAGAUCCCCGUGGCAGGAGUGGGGCGCCAUCCUCACAGGAGCCCAGCUCUACUUCUUCCGCAAUACGGCGUGGAUCAAGAGCUUGAUGCACCAGUAUGAGAGCCAUAUCAAAAAAGGCCACGACGGGGACCCCUGUAUCUUCAAGCCACCCCUGGACACGUUUAAACCCGAUGCUCUGAUGUCAACAGAUGGUGCCGUGGCACUGAUGGACUCAAGCUACAAAAAGCACAAGCACGCGUUUGUUUACGUCAGGCAUGGCGGCUUUGAGGAAGUCCUUCUCGCCGAAGAUGAAGAGGAGAUGAAUGAUUGGCUGGCAAAGCUGAAUUAUGCAGCAGCUUUCAGGUCAUCAGGAGUCCGGAUGAGAGGCGUGGUGGGGAGUAGCUAUGAUGGGCAGGGGCGGCGAGCAAUUAGGAGACUGGACACGGACAAUGCCCAGUGGGUCCAAACACCCACGGGCGAGGUGAUGGUGUCGCGCAGCCGGAUAGACUACAAGAUGGUGCAAGACAUAUUGGUUGCGCGGCGGGACAUCAUGAUCCAGAAGAUUGCCGAUGCGAACGAGAAGCUGAAGGAAGCCGAGGUUACCCUCGAAUCCCAACUUCGGAACUCUAGACAUCUGCAGAUUCUGGCUCCAAUCCAGCCAAAAACCCGCGAGCAUAUGCUUCUCUCGGCGGCACGUAUGGCGGCACAGCUGAAGUGGACUCGCAUGGAGAUUUGGAAACUCAAAUGUCAUCGAGAUAUCCUGCUGAUGGACCUCGAAGAAGAGAACCAGCAGCUCGGUCUUGCUGUCGACACUGGUCUGGAGCUUUCGGAGAAGCCGAUAACAAGGGAGAACUCCAAGACGAGCACCAUCUCGCCUCCUCAAAAGAGCCCUCAAUCUCCAAACAAUAUCCCCAUCACGAGAACUCCCACCCUCACCGGAACUGCGAAGUCUGAUGAGGAUUCGUCGCCGAUGACGGACGUCUUUCAGACGCCUCCGACUAGUGCCACGGGUUCCAGCUUCCACAAACCCACAAACUCGUGGGAGUUGCCCGGCCUGACCUUUGAACACGUGAAUCUCCGCAAGGCAUCGGUCUCCAGUGCAAUCUCUUCCAAUCUGUCUUUGUCGGCAACGCCGCCUAGGAAUGUGGCCAGCCCAAGCACCGCGGCUUCGACCGCUCCCCCCGAGGCAUCUAAGCGUGAUCCAUCAGAAGAGGCCGAAGUCGAUGCAGACGAACGUGUUCUCCUGGAGCGGACGGGACUAAUCGAGCCGGAGCUUUCUCGCGACCCUUCGCGCAAAUUUUCUACCUCUGCGGCGGAACCGGAAGAGGCUUCGGAACGACGCGAGCGCCCUUCCAAUGGUACCCCUACAGACCGACAGGAUAAGAACAAAAUCCGGCGCAGUCUACAACGCACACUUAGAGAGGGCGCAGGACACAUAUCUCACCCUCGCCAUCGUAGGGGCAGGGACUCGGCCUCUAGUGGUGCCAUGUCUGAUGAGACGCUCCGCGACAGCCCGGAUAUCCUUGCGCGCGGAAGCGGGUCUUUUGUCGUCCACGGCAAGAAGGCUUCCGUAAUCACCUUUGGUACCGAGUUGCAGAUCCAUACUCUGUCGCCCGAAGACCGCAUGCGCCAAUGGAAGCAGCGAGAGGAUGAGAACGUCACAGCCCGCAUUGCUCCCGCAGAUGGUACUGAUUUCCAGUCCAUCCUCACCGCGCGGUCUGUUCUCGACGCCAACCGCCAGCACCGAGGCUCGUCGGCAAGCGCAAGCACGGCCACAGCAAAGAGCUUCCGGGAGUUGCAUAGGAAAUACUCGUCUGCGCAAGCGGCCAAAGCCAUGCUAUCAAACGGAAGCUUGGCACUGCCCUAUGACGAGGACAGCGACGCUGCCGUAAGUUUCUCGGACGGGCGGCAUACACCGCUCCCGCCCAUUGAGGGCGAGCCUGAACCAGGCGAGCUCGAACGCGGGGAUCAAAAUGACUCCGACUUCGACAUGAGUCCGCCGCCGAGCCGAGACAAUCGCCAUACAAUGUUUUUCACUCCAGACCCACCUGCGUCACCUGUCAGAGACGAGUCUGGAGAGAGAGAUGAGGAUCGAAACUCGGUUCAAGAUGUUGAACCGAUCGCAAGCCCUCCGCCGUUGCAAGCGGUCGGUGCCUAG